UUAUUAAUAUAUAGAUAUCAUUACGUACAGACACAUGUAUCUAUAUAUGGCUGACUCUCCACACUCUAUGCAUAAACCCUUUACCACUUUUCCACCACCUCCUCCACCGCACGCGGCGUCGCCGGAGGAUCAAUGUCCUCAUGUUCAAACUAGUGUUAAGAGGGCCAAGAAGGUUAAUAGAAGCAGCAAAAUCAGCCCCGCCAUCUCGACGGGAGGUUCAACCAGCCGGCCCACCACCGGAAAGCACCCUAUAUACAGGGGAAUAAGGAGCCGCAGCGGCAAAUGGGUGUCGGAGAUUCGUGAGCCGAGAAAGACUACACGUAUAUGGCUAGGCACCUACCCCUCGCCGGAGAUGGCUGCUGCUGCCUACGAUGUGGCGGCGCUGGCCCUCAAAGGUAGUGAUGCUGUUUUGAACUUCCCGGAUCAUGUAGGUUCGUACCCGGUCCCGUCUUCACCUUCGCCGCUGGAUAUCCGCAGAGCAGCCGCGGGAGCGGCGGAGCUGAUGAGGGACGAGGAUGGCCGCGAUUAUAGGAAGGACGAAACGGUGGGUAAUGCGGAAAGUAUGAUCAGCGGGGAUGAUGAGUUCAUAGAUGAGGAGGCAUUGUUUCAUAUGCCUAAUUUGCUGAUGGACAUGGCGGAGGGAAUGCUCCUCAGCCCGCCGAGAAUGGGGUCACCGCCGCCGUGGGAUGAGUCGCCGGCGAACUUUGACGGUGAACGGCUGUGGAGCUACUUCUGACAAACUUGUUAAAAAUAAUAAUUAUAAUGAGAAAUAUAACAAGAAAUUAAAGGAAACUGUUACAUCAAUACGUAACAUGAAUUCAUGAAAACUGCAGGGAGAUGAGCGCGAUUGCUUUUUAAUGAUUGGUUUAGACGUACAAAUAUUUCAAGAAAUCACAUUUCGUUUUGCCUUUUUGGUUUUGGGGCUACUUUGGUAGAUUUUUAGUGGAUGUGCUGUCAAGAUCAAUAUCAUAUGUUUCCAUACUUUUCAUGAGUUGUUCUCAUGGUGAGACUUUAUUUUUUCU